UUAAAAGUUUAUUUGGCUGGAAUUUCUUUAACUUUCCUGGGAAAAAAUGAGUAUGAUAACAUUUUUCUGAUCAUAUUUAGUGAGAAGGAUGGAAUUUGGGCGUUUUUGGCUUGGUUACAGAUUCUUGCCAAGAAGCGUCAGUCUGUCGAGGAUAUUGUUGUCGGACAUUGGAAGGAAUUUGGUAGAAAUAUACGAUUAUGAAAAUGUUGAAGCGACCGGUGCAAAUUUGAUGAUGAGCUAUUUGGAACCACUUAUACCUGGCUUUACUGGGAUGAAGUUGAAAGCAAAUGAUCGUGAAUUUGAAGUCAUUGGAGGAGAUAAUUAUGAAUAUAAGGACCCGAUUGAUGGGUCUAUUGCUAAGAAUCAGGGGCUUCGAAUUUUUUUCAAAGAUGGUUCACGUGUAAUAUUUCGCCUAAGUGGAACUGGUUCUUCGGGUGCCACCAUCCGUCUAUAUGUUGAAUCCUUUGUGGAAGCCUCCAACAUUUAUCAACUACAACUUCCUGCGCAGGAAUUAUUGAAACCUUUGGUUUUAGUUGCACUAGGCAUUUGUAAAAUGGAACAGUUCACUGGACGUACUCAGCCGACCGUGAUUACCUAA